UGCGUCAGCAAAGAGCGGGGCUGGGGGCACCCGGUUUGAAGUCGUGCUGCUUGGGAGGACUGCCGCCUCCGCCUCGUUCUCGAACCCCCCUGCUCCCCGUCCUCGGCGGCGGCGGCGGCGAAGAGCUCCAGCCGGUCGGCGAGGCAGAUGCUCGAGAGCCCGCGCCCGACCGGCCGCUCCCCUGCGCUAGGCGGCCUGGGCGACUAGCGCGUCGGCGGCGCGGCGCGUAGCUCGCGGGCGCUCCUUCGGAACCGCCGGCGCCCGGCCAUGGCGGUCUCCAGGCUUGAUCGUCUUUUUAUCUUGCUGGAUACUGGCACUACUCCUGUGACAAGGAAAGCCGCCGCACAGCAGCUUGGAGAAGUGGUGAAGCUUCAUCCUCAUGAACUGAAUAAUUUGUUAUCUAAAGUUCUAAUAUAUUUAAGGAGUGCAAAUUGGGAUACCCGGAUUGCAGCAGGACAAGCUGUGGAAGCUAUAGUGAAAAAUGUACCCGAGUGGAAUCCAGUGCCGAGAGCCAAACAAGAACCUUCUUCAGAAAGCUGCAUGGAAGAUUCAUCUACUACAGAUCGAUUGAAUUUUGACAGAUUUGAUAUAUGCAGAUUAUUACAACAUGGUGCCUCUCUUUUGGGAUCUGCUGGUGCAGAAUUUGAAGUCCAGGAUGAAAAAUCAGGUGAAGUGGAUCCUAAAGAGAGGAUAGCACGCCAACGAAAACUGUUACAGAAGAAACUUGGCCUUAACAUGGGAGAAGCAAUUGGAAUGAGUACUGAAGAUCUCUUCAAUGAUGAAGAUUUGGAUUAUACCCCAACUUCAGCAGCCCUUGUAAACAAACAACCUACUCUCCAGGCAGCUGAAUUGAUUGAUUCAGAAUUUCGGGCAGGAAUGAGCAAUAGACAGAAGAACAAAGCUAAGAGAAUGGCCAAAUUAUUUGCGAAACAGAAAUCCAGAGAUGCAGUGGAAACGAAUGAGAAGAGCAAUGACAGCACUGAUGGGGAGCCAGAAGAAAAGAGACGGAAACUAGCGAAUGUUGUUAUUAAUCAGCCUGCAAAUGAUUCCAAAGUCUUGAUUGAUAAUGUUUCAGACAGUUCAUCCUUAAUUGAAGAGACAAAUGAGUGGCCUCUGGAAAGCUUUUGUGAAGAACUUUGCAAUGACCUUUUUAAUCCUUCCUGGGAGGUUCGACAUGGUGCAGGCACGGGACUUAGGGAAAUUCUGAAAGCUCAUGGGAGAAGUGGAGGUAAAAUGGGAGACAGCACUCUGGAAGAGAUGAUUCAGCAGCACCAGGAGUGGCUGGAGGACUUGGUCAUUAGACUCCUUUGUGUUUUUGCAUUAGACAGAUUUGGAGACUUUGUUUCUGAUGAAGUGGUGGCACCAGUUCGUGAAACCUGUGCUCAGACAUUAGGUGUGGUUUUAAAACAUAUGAAUGAAACAGGAGUUCAUAAGACUGUGGAUGUGCUGCUGAAAUUACUUACACAAGAACAAUGGGAAGUUAGACAUGGUGGUCUACUGGGAAUAAAAUAUGCAUUGGCAGUUCGUCAGGAUGUAAUUAAUACUUUACUGCCUAAAGUUUUAACUAGAAUAAUUGAAGGACUGCAGGACCUCGAUGACGAUGUCAGAGCUGUUGCCGCAGCAUCGUUGGUACCUGUAGUAGAAAGCCUUGUCUAUCUUCAGACUCAAAAGGUGCCCUUCAUUAUAAAUACAUUAUGGGAUGCUCUUCUGGAAUUAGAUGAUCUAACAGCUUCAACAAAUAGUAUUAUGACUCUUCUUUCAUCCUUAUUAACUUAUCCACAGGUCCAACAAUGCAGUAUUCAGCAGUCACUCACAGUUUUGGUUCCACGUGUCUGGCCUUUUUUGCAUCACACCAUAUCAUCUGUUCGAAGAGCAGCAUUGGAAACUCUGUUUACAUUGUUAUCCACACAGGACCAGAACUCUUCGUCUUGGCUUAUACCUAUUCUGCCUGAUAUGCUCCGACACAUUUUCCAAUUUUGUGUUUUAGAAAGCAGUCAAGAAAUUCUGGACCUUAUUCACAAGGUUUGGAUGGAACUGCUGAGCAAAGCAUCGGUGCAGUAUUUGGUAGCAGCUGCUUGUCCGUGGAUGGGUGCUUGGCUUUGCUUAAUGAUGCAGCCUUCUCAUUUACCAAUUGAUUUAAACAUGUUACUAGAAGUAAAAGCCAAAGCCAAGGAAAAAACAGGUGGUAAAGUGCGCCAAGGCCAAAGCCAAAGUAAAGAAGUACUUCAGGAAUACAUUGCAGGUGCAGACACCAUCAUGGAAGACCCAGCCACCAGAGAUUUUGUGGUCAUGCGUGCCAGAAUGAUGGCAGCCAAGUUACUAGGUGCACUUUGUUGCUGUAUUUGUGAUCCAGGUGUAAAUAUGGUAUCCCAAGAAAUUAAACCAGCUGAAUCUCUUGGCCAGUUACUACUCUUCCAUUUGAAUUCCAAAUCUGCACUGCAGAGGAUUAGUGUUGCUUUGGUAAUCUGUGAAUGGGCUGCUUUACAGAAGGAAUGUAAAGCAGUUACCCUAGCUGUGCAGCCACGUUUACUUGAUAUCCUUUCAGAACAUUUGUAUUAUGAUGAAAUUGCUGUUCCAUUCACACGAAUGCAGAAUGAAUGUAAACAGCUAAUAUCUUCAUUAGCUGAUGUACAUAUUGAAGUUGGUAAUAGAGUAAACAACAAUGUUUUAACAAUAGAUCAAGCUAAUGACCUGGUGACUACUGUUUUUAAUGAAGCCACGUCAUCUUUCAGUUUGAAUCCUCAAGUGUUACAACAGUUAGAUAGCAAACGACAGCAAGUCCACAUGGCAGUCACGGAGACCAGCCAGGAGUGGCAGGUGCUGCAGUUGAGAGUGCACACUUUCGCUGCAUGUGCCGUUGUGAGCUUACAGCAGCUUCCGGAGAAAUUGAAUCCUAUCAUAAAACCAUUAAUGGAGACAAUUAAGAAAGAAGAGAAUACGCUAGUUCAAAACUAUGCAGCUCAGAGCAUAGCCAAACUACUUGAGCAGUGCACAACAAGGACACCUUGUCCUAACUCAAAAAUCAUUAAAAACCUUUGUAGCUCACUUUGUGUGGACCCAUAUCUAACUCCUUGUGUCACAUGUCCGGUACCAACACAGAGUGGUCAGGAAAACUCCAGAGGCUCUAACUCAGAAAAAGAUGGAAUGCACCAUACUGUCACAAAGCACAGAGGUAUAAUUACGCUCUACAGGCAUCAGAAAGCUGCCUUUGCCAUCACAAGCAGAAGAGGUCCUACCCCCAAAGCAGUGAAAGCUCAAAUAGCAGACCUUCCUCCUGGGAGUGGUGGGAACAUCCUAAUUGAACUUGACGAGGCGCAGAAGCCUUACCUAGUACAACGAAGAGGAGCUGAAUUUGCCUUGACAACUAUUGUGAAGCAUUUUGGUGGUGAGAUGGCAAAGAAGUUGCCACAUCUUUGGGAUGCCAUGAUUGGUCCAUUGAGGAAUAUGAUUGACAUAAAUAAUUUUGACGGCAAGUCCCUUCUGGAAAGGGGAGAUGGCCCUGCUCAAGAACUGGUGAAUUCUCUGCAGGUUUUUGAGAUAGCAGCAGCUUCAAUGGAUUCUGAGCUUCAUCCCAUGUUGGUACAGCAUUUGCCUCAUCUUUAUAUGUGCCUUCAAUACCCCAGCACUGCAGUGAGACACAUGGCUGCUCGUUGUGUUGGUGUCAUGAGCAAAAUAGCUACCAUGGAAACAAUGAAUAUUUUUUUGGAGAAGGUUCUUCCAUGGCUUGGAGCGAUUGAUGACAAUGUCAAACAAGAGGGUGCAAUUGAAGCACUUGCCUGUGUAAUGGAGCAGCUGGACGUUGGCAUUGUGCCAUAUAUUGUCCUUUUAGUGGUGCCCGUCUUAGGAAGAAUGAGUGAUCAGACGGACAGCGUGAGAUUCAUGGCGACACAGUGCUUCGCAACGCUCAUCAGACUCAUGCCACUUGAGGCUGGCAUUCCAGACCCUCCAAAUAUGUCCGAAGAGUUAAUCCAAUUGAAAGCGAAAGAGCGACACUUUUUGGAGCAGUUGUUAGAUGGGAAAAAGCUAGAAAAUUAUAAAAUUCCAGUACCAAUCAAUGCUGAACUCAGAAAAUAUCAGCAGGACGGUGUGAACUGGUUAGCAUUUCUGAAUAAAUACAAGCUUCAUGGAAUUCUGUGCGAUGACAUGGGCUUAGGGAAGACUUUGCAGUCCAUCUGCAUCCUAGCGGGAGAUCAUUGUCACAGGGCCCAGGAAUAUGCGAGAUCAAAAUUGGCAGAAUGUAUGCCGCUUCCUUCCUUAGUGGUAUGUCCUCCAACACUAACAGGUCACUGGGUGGAUGAAGUAGGUAAAUUUUGCUCUAGAGAAUAUUUGAAUCCAUUGCAUUAUACCGGACCUCCUACAGAAAGAAUAAGGUUACAGCAUCAAGUAAAAAAGCACAAUCUGAUAGUGGCUUCUUAUGAUGUUGUGAGGAAUGACAUAGAUUUCUUUAGAAAUAUUAAAUUUAACUACUGCAUUCUUGAUGAAGGCCAUGUCAUCAAAAAUGGAAAAACAAAAUUAUCAAAAGCAGUAAAACAGUUGACUGCUAAUUACAGGAUUAUUCUGUCUGGAACACCAAUCCAGAACAAUGUUUUGGAGCUGUGGUCAUUAUUUGAUUUCCUCAUGCCAGGAUUUUUGGGUACUGAACGCCAGUUUGCUGCUCGAUAUGGUAAACCUAUAUUAGCAAGUAGGGAUGCUCGAAGCUCCAGUCGAGAACAAGAAGCAGGUGUUCUUGCAAUGGAUGCACUGCACCGCCAAGUACUUCCAUUUCUUUUAAGAAGAAUGAAAGAAGAUGUUUUACAGGAUCUUCCACCUAAAAUUAUUCAAGACUAUUACUGCACACUCAGUCCUCUCCAGAUUCAGCUCUAUGAAGAUUUUGCCAAGUCUCGUGCCAAGUGUGAUGUUGAUGAGACAGUUUCUUCUGCUACACUUUCUGAUGAAACUGAAAAGCCAAAGCUUAAAGCUACAGGCCAUGUUUUUCAGGCAUUACAGUACCUACGUAAGCUGUGUAACCAUCCAGCAUUAGUCUUAACAUCUCAGCAUCCAGAGUUCAAGAGCACCACUGAGAAGCUGGCAGCUCAGAAUUCUUCUCUUCAUGAUAUUCAACACGCACCUAAACUCUCAGCUUUGAAACAAUUGCUGUUGGACUGUGGUUUGGGAAAUGGUGGCACUUCAGAGAGUGGCACAGAAUCUGUCGUGGCCCAGCACAGGAUACUGAUCUUCUGUCAGCUUAAAAGCAUGCUUGACAUCGUGGAACAUGAUCUCCUCAAGCCGCACUUGCCUUCUGUCACUUACUUGAGAUUAGAUGGCAGCAUACCCCCUGGGCAGCGGCAUUCCAUCGUCUCCAGGUUCAACAAUGAUCCAUCUAUAGAUGUUCUGUUACUUACAACUCACGUUGGCGGCCUGGGGCUUAACCUGACGGGCGCCGACACAGUAGUGUUUGUGGAGCACGACUGGAACCCUAUGCGAGAUCUCCAAGCCAUGGACCGGGCACAUCGCAUUGGGCAGAAACGUGUGGUUAACGUAUAUCGACUGAUAACCAGAGGAACACUGGAAGAGAAGAUAAUGGGUUUACAGAAAUUCAAGAUGAACAUAGCAAAUACUGUUAUUAGUCAAGAGAACGCCAGUUUGCAGAGUAUGGGGACUGAUCAACUUCUGGAUUUGUUUACUCUUGAUAAGGAUGGCAAAACAGAAAAAGCUGACACCUCAACCUCCGGAAGAGCAAGCAUGAAGUCAGUUCUGGAAAACCUGAGUGAUCUGUGGGAUCAGGAGCAGUACGAGUCAGAGUACAGCCUGGAGAAUUUCCUGCAUUCUCUCAAAUAACUGUCAGCUACUGUAAAUGUAAUUGCUGCUAGUUCAGUCAUAUUUCUGCUGAUAUUCAGCAAUUUUUAAGUUUAUGGUGAACUUUUAGCUCAAUGUGUACAUAGACCUGAAUAUUCAGCAUACCGCUGGCUCGAGUUUCACUGGUGGGAACAAGUCAGUCUCAAAUAUUUGCACUGUAUUAAAUUUAAAUGUUAAUGUGAAGUGAUUGAAUUUUACAUGAAUAGCUGCAGAGCAGAGGAACCCAGUGAGGUUCCGCCAUGCUACCAGGGCUACCAGGAGGCGUCCCACCAGGAACAGGCCUGCCCUCUGACAGUCACGCUGUACAAUAGGAUCUCCAUGAGUACUUUAGUGUUCAUGUACAUUUUUUAAAAAAUAGAACUUGUUUUUAUAAUUGAUUAAAAUCAGGGCUUUUUUUGUAUGAAAGCCUUAAUGAGCCAUACUUUUAAAAAUACAAGAAUAAUGAUUAAAAUAUUGGUCAAUCUUAGGCAAUGAAUUGAACCAGGCCUUUGGUGAAAAUCUUUAUAUAUUUAAUGCAAAUGCAUAGUGUUUUUGAAACUUUAACAUCAUUUUGUCAACUUUUAAAAUAUAAUAACUAUUCUAAAUACUGGUACUGGUAUAUUUAAGGCUGCCGUAACAUCCUAUUAAGGGGGUGUUUUUCUUUUUAAAUUUAUAUAAUGGCUAGGAUUUAGCCAGAUUCAAAGAACUUAAGUACUCAAUAAGUUUCAAUCAUAUAUAUAUAAUAUAUAUAUUUUGUAACUAUGAACAUAUACAGUUUUCCAGAGUAGAUUUUACACUGUUUAGAAUUCCAAAACCUAUGGUGAAGACUGUUUAUUGUAGUAAUGCAUGACUGGAGCAUAAAAGGGAGAAGUAAUUCCUUUAUAUACACAAACAUACAUGAAUAUAUCCAUAUACACAAAUACCCUGCCUGUACCCAAAAAGAUACCCAGUAUUGGAGCGAAAAUCAUGUAGUUACACUGGGCAGCAAUAAUUGGACGUGAAACUGAUUUAGUGAUGAGGGCUGGUGUAUAUAGGUAUGCAUGUAUGUACAUGUAUAUAUAAUUUUCUAAAUUUCACAUAAAUUAAGACAUGCCUGUGUGCGUACAUAUGUAUGGGGUAUAUUUGUAUAUAAAUGUACAGGUAAUAAACAUACCUAAAGUUUGUGGCUGGCCAUACACAAAGGCUUUGGUUUAAAAACCAUCAGACCUCAGCUGUACAAUAUAGGUGUUUUGUUCUAAAUCAUUAGUUAUACCAUUCUGCAGCACUUAGACAUACCAACACUUGUCACAUUUCAGUAGCUUUGACAACCAUACUGUAACAUUAAACCUAGCAUUCCACAAGAAAAUAAAAUAAGACAAACUAUAAAA